AUGCGGUCGGCGGCCCUGCUGGUCGCGCUGUGGUGCUGCUGCAGUGCGCAGCGGAUUGAUUUAGUAUCUCCACGUCGAGGGAGCUCCAAUGGAGCGACUCGACUCACCAUCAGUGGAGACGGUUUUGCUCAGGAGCGUCAGUUCCAGCUCAACCCUCAGGACGACCUGUUUGGGAACCGUGUGACCCUGGUGUCGGACGCCAUGUCGGUCCCCUGCGACCCCUGUGAAGUCCAGACGGUGUCUGACAGCAGGAUCACCUGUCUGACGCCCGAGCCGCCCGCUGACCACCUGGGCCUGUAUCCAGGCGGCAGAGGCCUGAAGAUGGAGGUGUGGAACGACACGGUGUCCCACACCCUGAGCGACAUCUGGACCUACACGGACAACAGCACCGGCUACUGGUGGCACUGGCUGGACUCGCUGCCCCACCGCUUCCCCCUGGAGUUCGACCGCUUCAGCACCAGGACGUCCGGCUUCCUGGUGCCGCCGGCCACCGGGAACUUCACCAUCUACCUGCACUGCGACGACAAGUGUGAGCUGUACCUGAGCAACUCCAGCCGGCCGGAGCACAAGGCCAGGGUGGCCUUCCAGCCCUACUAUGUGGGCAGCCACGGCCAGCUGGACUCCCAGAAGUCCCAAGUGAUGCAUCUGCAGGGCGGCACAGCCUACUACCUGGAGCUGCUGCAGAUGGAAUACCGUGGCCAUGCGCACAUCGACCUGGGCCUGUUCCAGGAGCAGAGCCCCUUCACCCGGGAGCAGACCCUCGACGCCCUCAACGAGGUGCAGCACAUCGUGGCCGACUACCAGGCGUCUGACGAGGAGCAGGUGCUGACCUUUGACUCGUGGAGUCCCGCCGCCCCCGUCAGAGAGGUGCAGCGGCUGAGCGUCAGCUGCCUGGGCGCCCUCUGUGGAAGCGCCUCCUUCAGCCUCAGCUAUGGAGACGCCACAACCGGGGACUUCGGACCUCUGGGCUAUGAGGUCUUUGGCCUGGACGCCAACAUCUCUGUGGCAGAAAUCACUAAAGGGCGAAGCAGCAUGGAGACCUUCACCCUGCUGUGGGGGGGGGUUCCCACGAAGCCCAUAGCCUUCAACGCCACUGAAUCUGAGUACGGAGGUGUCUGUGUCCCAGGUCUGUCGGUGGACAUCGGGGAGGAGGACCUGCAGUUCGCUCUGGAGGGCAUCGCCGGCAUGGGCCAGCUCAAGGUGUCCCAGCAGGGAAGCUGCAGGCGGCCCAAGUGGAGGGUGGAGUGGCUGACCCGGCCCGGAGACCAGCCCCUGAUGGAGGUGGAGGUCUACAUCAACGGGAUCCCCUCCAGGUGCUCCGGGGACUGCAGCUUCAGCUGGUCGGAGGAGCUGACUCCAGUCGUGACUGGAAUCAGCCCGUCUCAAGGUGGGCCGCCCACUGUGAGUAAUGAAGUUAAACUUAACAUCCCAGCUAAAACCAAUGUGGUGGGUUCAGGUUCACACGGCCUCGGGACCCUUCUGACCGUCACUGGAACCGGCUUCAGGAACGAAAACGCAACGAUCCGGGUGGGAAAUGCCAGUUGUCGGGUUGAACAGGUCACAGCCAGCUCUCAGGUGUGCAGACUGGGCCCCUCCAGCGCCGGCUCCUUCCCGGUCUGGGUCAGCUUCCCCUCUGUGGGCGCCGCCCGGCACGCCGGCGGGCUCCCUCUCCUCUUCACCUACCAACUGGGCGUGUCCUCCGUCUCCCCGCCGUCCGGCAGUCUGGCAGGCGGCACCCUGCUGACGCUGAGGGGCUUCGGCUUUGGCCCGGACGCCACCGUGACCGUCGGCGGCGCCGAGUGCGCACUGGUCCAGUCGGCCGACUCGGAGCUGAAGUGCAGGACACCAGCGGGGCCGGCGGGGGCCCAGCCGGUGGUGGUGAGGCUGGGGAACUGGAGCCAGACGGCCAGCAGCAGCUUCACCUACGACGGCGCCCUCACACCAAAGAUCUCCAGCCUGAGUCCUCAGAGCACCACAGUGAUCGGUGAGAUUCACCCUCAGGGCUCAGAGCUGGGGGGGCAGGACAAUGGCAGCAUGGUGCUGGUGGGGGGGCGGGAGUGCCCCCCCCUAAUGUGGACCAACACCUCCAUCAGCUGCCUGCUGCCUGUGCUGCAGCCAGGCCUGCACAGGGUGGAGGUCCAGGUGGGAGCCAGAGGCUUCCCCCAGCUGAGUCCGGCCUCCCUCACAGUCUUCGUGGGCGACACGGUGGUGUGGAGAUGGGAGGCUCCGGCCUUCCAGCCAGUCGGGUACCGCGUCUUUAGCGUCUCCAGCCCGAGCGGAUCCACUUAUGAAGGCGGACCAAUCAACAGCGGAGAGGCCAAGACGGCCAAAGGUGUGAAAGCUUUAAAAGCUGAAUCCCAGCAUUCUCAGGAAGUAGCCAAUCCUCCAGCCAAUCAGGACCAGAGUUGCAGCGGGCCCGUGGACGGCGCUGGCAUCCGGAGGCUGCAGGGCGUGGUCAAAGUCAGGGGUAGAGAGGACAAAACCAGCCCAGUGACCGUCAGGGUGGGCGGCGUGGAGGCCAGGCAGGCGCCGGCAGGCUCUCGUCGGGUCUCCAGAGAGGCCCCCCAGUGUGAGGCGUCCCCUCAGUGCCAGCAGAGCAACAGCUCAGAGGGGCUCAGCUUCAGCGCCUCCAGCUGCUCCACCCCCACCGUCACCUCCAUCUCCCCCAACCAGGGCUCCUACCACCAGGUCAUCACCAUCCAGGGCCGCGGGUUCAGCCUCACCGCGUGCGCCAAUGAGGUGACCAUCGGGGGGGCGUCCUGCCGGGUGCUCAGCAGCUCCGAGUCGGACAUCAGCUGCCAGCUUCCCGCCGACUCCGGCCUCCCGGUGGGCGCGGCCCUCCCCGUGGCGGUGAGCGUCCGCGGCCUGGGCGCCGCCCUGGUUGCCGUGGCGUCCGAGCCCCUGCGCCGCUUCGCCCUGCUGCCGGUGGUGGACUCGGUGGCGCCCGCCGUGGGCAGCCCCACCGGCGGCGCCCGGCUGCUGCUGCGGGGGUCCGGGUUCUCGGAGGGGGGGGCGGUAACGGCGGCCGGCGAGCCGUGCGGCGUGCUGCGGCUCAACUACACGCACGUCGAGUGCGCCGCCGCGCCGUCCCGGCCGAACGCCGCCGGCGCCGUGCUCUUCCAGGCCGGGCGCCUCCAGAGCUCCUGCUCCGCCAACUGCUCCUUCCUGUACUCGCCGGACGCCACUCCCUUGGUCAGCGGCGUCUCCCCGGACAACGUGGACGGCCCGACAGUGGUGACCAUCUCGGGCGCCGGAUUCGGCGCGGCCGAGGGGGGCGUGGCCGUGUUUGCGGGCGCCGCCCAGCUGGAGUUAGUGAAUGUGGAACGAAGCCUGUCUGUAUAUCAGGUGGCGUCCGUAACCGACGGCAACAUCACGGCCAGAGUGGGCGCCCUGCCCGCCGGCGCCCACCCGCUCGCCGUGCUGGUGAGGAGCAGGGGCCUGGCGGCGGGGGGCGCCACCCUGACCAGCCGGGCCCGGGCCGCCCUGAGCCCCCCCGCCGGCAGCCUGGCGGGGGGCACGCCGCUGGUCGUCAGGGGCAACGGCUUUGCUCCUGGGAACACCAGCGUGGCGCUGGGGGGGGCGGCCUGCCGCCUGCAGGAGGUGACCCCCGGCCUGCUGCGCUGCCUCAGCCCCCCCCACGCCGAGGACCAGGUGGACCUGACCAUCCGGGUCCUGGACGUGGAGUUUCCCCCUCUGAGCUUCAACUACUCUGCAGACCUGACGCCCAACGUCAGCUCCAUCAGCCCCCCCAGCGGCAGUGACAGGUCUCCUCCAUCAGGGCCGAGCGGGUCCAUCAUCACGCUGACCGGCUCGGGCUUUGGCGCCGACCCCCAGCUCCUCUCCGUCACCAUUAACCACGUCCCCUGCAACCUGACGGCCGUCUCCGACUCGCAGCUCCAGUGCACCGCCGGCAGCAACCCGGGGGGCACCUACCCGGUGGUCCUGCACCACGGGGUCAAAGGUCACGCCCUGUCAGAGGUAGCGUUCACCUACGAGCUGACGCUGAGCGGCGUGCAGCCCACCGAGGGCAGCUUUGGCGGCGGCGCUCUGCUGACCCUUCAGGGCUCCGGGUUCGACCCCCACAGCUCCAGGGUGCUGAUCUGCGGGGAGGAAUGUGACGUCCUGAGGGAAAAGUCUACAUCCACCCGUCUGUACUGCCAGAGUCCAGCCAACAACGGCUCCCAGUCGGAGGUCAGCUGCCCCGUUUCUGUGGUCAACCCGCUGGAUGCUGCCAACAUAUCGGCCGGCUUCACCUACAAGUCUGAGCUGACCCCGGUUAUCCGGGAGGUGUCUCCUCGCCGGGGGGGCACGGCCGGCGGCACCCGGCUCACCAUCGCCGGCUCCGGGUUCAGCUCCGACCUGAGUGAGGUCAGCGUGUCCAUCGCCGGUUCGGUGUGUGACGUCCAGUCCUCCAACCUCACGCACAUCGUCUGCCUGACCGGCGCCCAGAACCGCUCGCAGGAAGCCACAGUCCGAGUCGCCAUCGGCAACCGCGGCGUGGCCCAGCAGGGUGGCGCAGACUUCUUCUACAUCGACGUGUGGUCGUCCAGGUUCACCUGGGGGGGUCUGACCCCCCCCGAAAGGGGCUCGUUUGUGGUCAUCACCAAAGGUCAGACCAUCCUGCUGGACGCCAGCACCCCUGUGCUCAAGAUGCUCCUGAUCCAAGGGGGGACGCUGGUGUUCGACGAGGCCGACCUGGAGCUGCAGGCGGAAAACAUCCUGAUCACAGACGGCGGGCGGCUGCAGGUGGGCCAGGAGGGGGCGCCCUUCCAGCACAAAGCCGUCAUCACGCUGCACGGAAACCUGCGCUCACCUGAACUCCCCGUUUAUGGAACCAAGACGCUGGCGGUCAGAGAGGGACAGCUGGACCUGCAUGGGCUCCCCGUCCCGGUGACCUGGACCCAUUUGGCCCAGACGGCGCCGGCCGGCUCCGACAGGCUGACCCUGAUGAUGGAGGUCACCUGGAAACCUGGAGACCAGAUCGUGAUCGCUUCCACCGGCCAUCGGCACAGUCAGAGAGAGAACGAGGUGCGGAGCAUCAGCUCGGUGUCGGCCGAUGGGAGGACCCUCACCCUGACCGAGCCGCUCAGCCAUGCCCACCUGGGGGUGGCCGUCACACUGCCUGACGGCACCGUCUUCCAGGCCCGGGCCGAGGUGGGCCUGCUCACCAGGAACAUCGUGGUCCGGGGAUCCCAGCACCAGGACUGGAACGAGCAGAUCCAGGCUUGCCCAGACGGCUUCGACACCGGGGAGUUUGCCACCCAGACCUGCUUCCAGGGCCGCUUCGGGGAGGAAGCGGGCAGCGACCAGUUUGGGGGCUGCAUCAUGUUCCACGCCCCCCGGCCGGGUCAGAACCUGGCAGUGGGCCGGCUGGAGUACGUGGAGGUGUCCCACGCGGGCCAGGCCUUCCGGCUGGGCCGGUACCCCAUCCACUGGCACCUGAUGGGCGACAUCGGCUUCCAGUCGUACGUGCGCGGCUGCUCCAUCCACCGGACCUUCAACCGGGCCGUGACCAUCCACAACACGCACCGGCUGCUGGUGGAGCACAACGUGGUCUACGACGUCAUGGGCGGCGCCUUCUUCAUCGAGGACGGCGUGGAGACCCAGAACGUCCUGCAGUACAACCUGGCCGUGCUGGUCAAGCAGAGCACCAGCCUGCUGAACGACGACGUCACGCCGGCCGCCUUCUGGGUCACCAACCCCGACAACGUGCUGCGGCACAACGCCGCCGCCGGCGGCUCGCACUUCGGCUUCUGGUACCGCAUGCACGAGCACCCCGACGGCCCGUCCUACGACCCCAACGUCUGCCAGAAGCGGGUGCCGCUGGGCGAGUUCUCCAACAACACCGUGCACUCGCAGGGCUGGUUUGGCCUCUGGAUCUUCCAGGACUUUUUCCCCAUGCGUGGCGGCGGCUGCCGGUCGAGGACGCCGGCGCCCGCCGUCUUCCGCUCGCUCACCGCCUGGAACUGCGAGAAGGGCGCCGAAUGGGUCAACGUGGGCGCCGUGCAGUUCAGCGGCUUCCUCAUGGUCAACAACGAGAAAGCCGGCGUGGAGGCCAAGCGCAUCUUCCAAUGGGCCGUGAGCGGCUUCGGCGAGGACGGCGGCGCCACCGUGACCAACAGCACAAUGGUGGGCCACCUGGACGAGCUGGGCCUGGGCGCCCAGCAGUGCACGCAUCGCGGCGUUAUCGCGCCGCUCGAUGACGGCAUGAGCGUCCUGGACACCAAGUUCAUCAACUUCAACCGCAACAGCUGCGCCGCCGUGGGCGUGGCCAAGAUCGACGGCACCUGCGUGGACCGCUGUGGUGGCUGGGCUGUCCGGUUCGCCGGGGUCCAGUUCCUGAACGCACCCAACAAGGCCGGCUUCAGGUGGGAGCACGAGGUCCAGCUGGUGGACACGGACGGCUCCCUCACCGGCAAUGCUAACCACAAAGUGGUGCCCAUGAGCAGCCUGCUGGACCCUGCUCGCUGUUCCCAGGAGGCCCAGUGGAGCGUGGGCUUCCCCGGCGCCGUGUGCGACCACACCGUCGAGUUCCACCGACUGGCCUUCAACAACCCCACGCCAACCUCUCUGAAGGCCAAAGACGCCAUCUUUACCAACUCACAUGGUACUGAACGCCUCCCAAUGCAGAGGAGGCUCAGUUUCCUAUCAGCUUUACUGCCUCCUGCUGGAACCAGCGUGGUCCCGUUCCUGAAGAAGAGGAUGACUCAUAAGUAUGGCUGGAUGGCGCUGCUGCCCUCGGGGCAGACAUACAACUGGUACUUUGACAAUGUGGACCAAAUCACCAACAUUACCUACAACGCCAGGUUCUAUGGUUUCAAGAGAGAUGUCUUGUGUCCAAACGCAGGGCGCUGGGUGGUGCUGGACGCCGACACGCCUCCCCUCAACAAGCUGACCAUCGUUGGAGUCCUGGAGAUCCCCGACACCAUGAACCAGUCCAGCAGGACGGCCCGGUCCACUCCCCAGUACAGAACCACGGUGGUGGAUGCCGUCUACAUCUCCAUCCAGGAUGAGCCCUUCAGAGGUCAGCUGCUCAUCAAACUGAGGGGAAACCACAACACUCCUGACUGGCCGCUGCCAAAUGGACCCAACCAGGGCUCCAAAGUCCUGGGGGUGUUCGGCUCGCUGGAGCUGUUCGGCCUGCCUCGUGACGUUUACCACACAAAGCUGGCCGCCACCGCCGCCGCCGGCUCCACCAGGCUGACACUGGCAAAGCCCGUCGACUGGCAGGCCGGGGACGAGAUCGCCAUGUCCACCAGCAGCUACGACGCCCGCGAAACCGAGAAGCAUCGGAUCAGCGCCGUGUCGGCAGACGGCCGCGUCCUGACCCUGAGCCGGCCUUUGAGCCACACCCACAUCGGUGACACGCACUCUGUGGCGGGCACCUCCUUCUCCUACACGCUGGCGGCCGACGUCGGCCUCCUGACCAGGAACAUCAAAGUGGAGGGGGCUGAGUACCCCGACAUGCUGGCCGAGUCGUUCGGGGCCCGGCUGCUGGUGGGGGCUUUCUCCAGCUCUGGGAUAGACUUCAGAGGCAAAGCUCAGAUCAGGAACGUGGAGUUCUUCCACUCUGGUCAGGAGGGCUGGACCGACUCCUUCGACCCGCGCUACUCUGUGGCCUUCCUGGACCUGGGACAGGUGCCUGCAGGCGAGUCUGACAUCCAGGGCUGCGCUUUCCACGACGGCUUCUCUCCAGCCAUCGGCGUCUUCGGGACGGAGGGGCUGCACAUCUCUGACAACGUGGUCCACCACACUGUGGGGGAAGGCAUCAGGAUCCGGGGCAGCAGGACAACGCUGAGCAGGAACCUGGUGAUGAUGAGCCUGUGGCCGGGAUCCUACCAGGACAGAGAGGAGCCCUUUAACUUCGACUGGAACGCCGCCAUCGAGGUGAUCGAGGCCACCGGCGUGGUGCUGCAGCACAACAUCGUGGCUGGCUUCCAGCGGGUGGCCUAUCGCGUGGACGGGGAGCCCUGUCCUGGGUCUUCUGGCGCCAGUGAUGGCGGCGAGGCCUGGGUCCACAACGAGGCGCAUGGCGGCCUGUACGGCGUCUACCUCAACGGGGACGGCUUGCCCGGAUGCAGCCUCAUCCAGGGCUUCUUCGUCUGGAGGAGCUUCGACUACGGCAUCUACUUCCAGGUGGGGAAGCAGAUCCAGAACAGGGGGCUUGUAGCCCAUCCCCCACAGGUCUCCAUGAGCGUGGUCAUCUCCAACGUCACCCUGGUGGAGAACGGGAUGGGCGUCAUGCCCCUGGUCUACGGCCCCCCCUCGCUGUCCCACGCCCUGGCUGAUAAGACGGUCCUGGUCCAGGACUCCUGGAUCGUGGGCAGCAGCCCCAGCUUCAACUGCUCGGACACUUUGAGCUCUGACGACUUCAACGUGGAGACCACCUCCUCCCACCGAGCCCCCAGGCCCCCAUCAGGAGGCAGAUCAGGAAUCUGCUGGCCCACCUUUCAGUCGGCACACAACACGGCUCCAGCCAAACCGCAUCACCUGAACAUGAACUAUAACGCCAUCAAAGGCCUAAUGAGGGUCACAGACACCACAUUUGUCCAUUUUGGCGACGUCUGUUCUGGUGAAACCGACUUCAUGUUCAUGACCAACCCGCUGAACGAGGACCUGCAGCACCCGGUUGAGGUGUCGGCCAUAAGGACGCUGCACAGCAGCGAGCAGGCCAAAGGCUAA